AUGGUGGUUUCCAAAUCUGCACCUGACCAAGACUUUGCAAUUACAAAUCUGGAGGUUGUUAUUGGUAAUCAGAAGAACAAUAUCCUUCAUGAAAACAAUUCACAACUACUGAGCAACGUCAUAGCAAUUGCGCCCAAUGCUGUGAGUCAGGCACCGAGUUCAUCACACGUUGUUCAAGGUGAAAAUUCAAAAAUUGAAAACCAGAACAUGCCUGCUAGUCAAAGACAAGACACAUCAGCUUUAGCUCUUUCCAAUACUACUGAUAAGACGACUGCUUUUCCCAGAAAUAAUGGGAUGGGCAAACCCAGUUUGGAUCCUAACAGACCCAACUCAUGCCACAAGGCAGCAAAAGAGGGGAAUUGGAAAGGGAAAGAAGUGGUCUCAUUCCAUCAAGUGGUUGAUCAAAAUCCUAUAAAUCCUCAUGCAGCAAGCAAUCUGCUAUCUAGUAGUAGCCAGUCCAUACCCACUAGUGAUACUCAUGUUAAUGAUACUAACUCUGUUGAAGCUACCCCAGUUGAUACUCAGAUCUUGCAAACCAAACAACAAGUCUCCUGCCCUGAAGUUGGCAAAGAAGUCCCUGAAGUCAUGCCAGUUGAAUCCCCCAACAGAUUUGCUGAACUGAAUAAGGAAGAAGACAGUCAUCCAAAUAACUGCAGCCCUUCCACAAGUCAAGAGGAGCAGGUAUCGACUUCAUUCUCUGAUAAGGUCUAG